AUGCUUCGCCGCAACAGCUCUCGAAACAACAGCCGUCGCCCACUGAGUCGCAGCAAGUCGACCAGUUCCGUCGUGCGGAACCCCGUCCAUGCCCUCGAAUCGAUCGACCCCGCCGCUGCCGAGCGAGACGCCAACAUCGCCGCCCUGUUGUCCUACCACCGGGCUCAAGAACGGACCAGCAGUAAGGCGAUAGUUGGUCUUCGGGACCCUGCGAGCCCUUUCCCCGACAGCAGCGAUGGCGCUGCCAGUGUGGCCAGGCAGAGCUUGGAGCGAAGCGGCAGUGUCACCAGCUGGCAGGGCACUGCAACGAGCAUUCGUUUCGCUGGGCCUGCCUCUCGACCACGAAGAAACUUGGCCCUGAGGGCAAGCGAAGGCCGAGAUUCUCCUACGAAAGUGACCUCACGGAUCAAUGUGUUUGGCACAAGUACUAGGCCCUCGUCGACCAUGUCUUUUCACGCAGACCGGCCCGCCCACUACUCCCUUACACGACGUUAUCUCGAGUCUCUGCAGCCGCCCGACGCGUGCUACAGUCCCGAAGAAGAUGCCGCUUCGAUGCCCUUUUCCUUCAGAAAGCUCCGAAAGUCGCGAUCGAUGCUUACGUCGUCCCGGGCAACAACUGAGAACGCUUCCAGCUACUCCAUGCCUGCAAGGGACCGCCUGCCGCCCACCCACUCGCUCUACAAGACCCCAAACAAUGAGAACGAACCUCCGAAAAGCUCGACAUCCGAUGCAACGGGGCUCAGGGCCUCGAAUUCCAUGAGCUUUCUAAAGAACCGCCGGGGCAUGGCAGCCUCACGAUCAAGCAGUCGAGCCGAGAACGAUGUUGUAGUGCGACUUGCGAGGGAAAUGUAUCGCGAGCAGAUGGAGGAGCAGGAAAGGCUUCAGGCUCAGCCAUCCGCUUCGGUUCCGUCGAGAAACAGACGCAGUGAAGGAUCUACUGGGCUCCGAAAGUCUCUUCGAAAUAGCAGCAACAACAGCACCGUGCUGUCCUCUGCAUUCUCCACCAACGGCACUUCCGUAUCCACGCAAUCUGGGCUUCGAAGGGCAGCCCGAAAGGUUUCAAACAGCUUACGAUCGAAGUUGAAGGGGCUAUUCGCUAGAGGGGAGAGUGCUGCUGGACCAGAGACAGAUGGUGACGAUUCGGACGGAGACACCUGCCUUCACGCCAGCAACGAUGAAGGAACCGGGGAAGCUUCCAUGUUUCGUAUCUCUUCGCAUACCCCUUCGCUGCAUAAUAUACCCUUGAAUCAGCAGCUCAGAUCCAGAAAAGGGAGUGUUGAGAGCAUCGAAAGCGGCGAGCAACAUGUUUCCGACGACAGGUCUCGUGUCACUAGCUGGACAAACUCAGUCACAAGCACGGUCUCCAGCAUGGGGAUGCUUGGCGAGUGGGAGCGGCAACGCCUAUCUGUCAUCAAGGAGAAUGGUGCGUACAUCUCUUCUUCCUCUUUGCGCUCAACCGGACUCGACGGGCAUGGGGCUGGAAGUAAAGAAACCUGGCCUGGUGCCGAAAUCGACAGCGAACGCGUAUACUCAGCCCUCAUGAAGAGGGUUGGAGAAACCAGCAUAGAAUCAGAUCAGGAUACACAGUUGGGUGACGCUGAAAGUGUGUACUCAUGUGCGACGGAGGAUGCGAGACCAAGCACCCCCAGUCCAGGAACUUCAGGCCCUGUCGAGGGAGCUGAAACACGCAAAGCCGGCGGACUUCCCUCUUGCCGUGUGGUCCCACACCAGCGCGAUGCAUCCACAGCAAGCUCAGUCGAAUGGAAGACAUGGCUUAGUUCCAAGGUCUCGAAGCUUGAAGAUCCCUCGACACCUACAAAAGCGGAUACUUACGGGCAGAACACUGGUAUUCUUCCCCCGUUGGGUCAUGUCAGAGAGGGAGCUGAAGUUGGAUCCCCACCCGAGAUUCUACUCCCAAAGGACGAUGGACUGGCGAACCGAAGCCCUUUGUCCUGCAUCAAGGGGAAUGCUCAACCUGUUCAGGACAGAGAAUACCAAUCGCGGUCCUUUUGGAAAGACCUCACGGGACACGACGAGAAUCAAACACCAAAUACUGUCGGCCACACUUCGAACAUUUGGCAUCCAUCGAUUCCGCCUAGAAGCACAUUGCGGAUGGUACCCUCACUCCCAGUCGUUAGCUCAACGAGAGAAAUGGACAUGAGCAUGUCGAAAGAAGUGCACCGGAUGCGUUCUCUCAACAUGGCCGGCCGCCUCAACUCCACUCCUGAAGAGGCGAUGGCCAAGCGUCGCUCUCGGCCUCGUUUCACCGGCUGGCAGGGCUCCCCCACCAAGUCGAGUCCCAGCAUUGGCCACGAGACGGAGAACAAGCUGCAGCAAGGGAUGGGAAGCAAGACGAUGGUGGACAUGUUUCUCAGCAACCGGCAGAAGGAAACGAAUGGCGGUGAUGGUGGACUUGGUAGCUCACCAGCUGCAUUCUUAUAA